GAGUUGCUGGUAGUGCCCGUGGUGCUUGGUUCGAGGUGGCCGUUAGUUGACUCCGCGGAGUUCAUCUCCCUGGUUUUCCCGUCCUAACGUCGCUCGCCUUUCAGUCAGGAUGUCUGCCCGUGGCCCGGCUAUCGGCAUCGACCUGGGCACCACCUAUUCGUGCGUGGGGGUCUUCCAACAUGGCAAGGUGGAGAUCAUCGCCAACGACCAGGGCAAUCGCACCACCCCCAGCUACGUGGCCUUCACGGACACCGAGCGCCUCAUCGGCGACGCCGCCAAGAACCAGGUGGCCAUGAACCCCACCAACACCAUCUUCGACGCCAAGAGGCUGAUUGGACGGAAGUUCGAGGAUGCCACAGUGCAGUCGGAUAUGAAACACUGGCCGUUCCGGGUGGUGAGCGAGGGAGGCAAGCCCAAAGUGCAAGUAGAGUACAAGGGGGAGACCAAGACCUUCUUCCCAGAGGAGAUAUCCUCCAUGGUCCUCACGAAGAUGAAGGAGAUCGCGGAAGCCUACCUGGGGGGCAAGGUGCACAGCGCGGUCAUAACGGUCCCGGCCUAUUUCAACGACUCGCAGCGCCAGGCCACCAAGGACGCAGGCACCAUCACGGGGCUCAAUGUGCUGCGCAUCAUCAACGAGCCCACGGCGGCGGCCAUCGCCUACGGCCUGGACAAGAAGGGCUGCGCGGGCGGCGAGAAGAACGUGCUCAUCUUUGACCUGGGCGGUGGCACUUUCGACGUGUCCAUCCUGACCAUCGAGGAUGGCAUCUUCGAGGUGAAGUCCACGGCCGGCGACACCCACCUGGGCGGUGAGGACUUCGACAACCGCAUGGUGAGCCACCUGGCGGAGGAGUUCAAGCGCAAGCACAAGAAGGACAUUGGGCCCAACAAGCGCGCCGUGAGGCGGCUGCGCACCGCUUGCGAGCGCGCCAAGCGCACCCUGAGCUCGUCCACGCAGGCGAGCAUCGAGAUCGACUCGCUCUACGAGGGCGUGGACUUCUAUACGUCCAUCACGCGCGCCCGCUUCGAGGAGCUCAAUGCCGACCUCUUUCGCGGGACCCUGGAGCCGGUGGAGAAGGCGCUGCGCGACGCCAAGCUGGACAAGGGCCAAAUCCAGGAGAUCGUGCUGGUGGGCGGCUCCACUCGUAUCCCCAAGAUCCAGAAGCUGCUGCAGGAUUUCUUCAACGGCAAGGAGCUGAACAAGAGCAUCAACCCCGACGAGGCGGUGGCCUAUGGCGCCGCGGUGCAGGCGGCCAUCCUCAUCGGCGACAAAUCAGAGAAUGUGCAGGACCUGCUGCUACUCGACGUGACCCCGUUGUCGCUGGGCAUCGAGACAGCUGGCGGUGUCAUGACCCCACUCAUCAAGAGGAACACCACGAUCCCCACCAAGCAGACGCAGACCUUCACCACCUACUCGGACAACCAGAGCAGCGUACUGGUGCAGGUAUACGAGGGCGAACGGGCCAUGACCAAGGACAAUAACCUGCUGGGCAAGUUCGACCUGACCGGGAUUCCCCCUGCGCCUCGCGGGGUCCCCCAAAUCGAGGUUACCUUCGACAUUGACGCCAAUGGCAUCCUUAACGUUACCGCCGCCGACAAGAGCACCGGUAAGGAAAACAAAAUCACCAUCACCAAUGACAAAGGUCGUCUGAGCAAGGACGACAUUGACCGGAUGGUGCAGGAGGCGGAGCGGUACAAAUCGGAAGAUGAGGCGAAUCGCGACCGAGUCGCGGCCAAAAACGCCCUGGAGUCCUAUACCUACAACAUCAAGCAGACGGUGGAAGACGAGAAACUGAGGGGCAAGAUUAGCGAGCAGGACAAAAACAAGAUCCUCGACAAGUGUCAGGAGGUGAUCAACUGGCUCGACCGAAACCAGAUGGCAGAGAAAGAUGAGUAUGAACACAAGCAGAAAGAGCUCGAAAGAGUUUGCAACCCCAUCAUCAGCAAACUUUACCAAGGUGGUCCUGGCGGCGGCGGCAGCGGCGGCGGCGGUUCAGGAGCCUCCGGGGGACCCACCAUCGAAGAAGUGGACUAAGCUUGCACUCAAGUCAGCGUAAACCUCUUUGCCUUUCUCUCUCUCUUUUUUUUUUUUUUUGUUUGUUUCUUUGAAAUGUCCUUGUGCCAGGUACGAGAUCUAUUGUUGGAAGUCUUUGGUAUAUGCAAAUGAAAGGAGAGGUGCAACAACUUAGUUUAAUUAUAAAAGUUCCAAAGUUUGUUUUUUAAAAACAUUAUUCGAGGUUUCUCUUUAAUGCAUUUUGCGUGUUUGCUGACUUGAGCAUUUUUGAUUAGUUCGUGCAUGGAGAUUUGUUUGAGAUGAGAAACCUUAAGUUUGCACACCUGUUCUGUAGAAGCUUGGAAACAGUAAAAUAUAUUGGAGCUUAAAUUGUUUAUUUUUAUGUACUACUUGAAAACUAAACUGAACAUUGCAGUAAUGUUAAGGACAGGUAUACUUUUUGCAAACAAAUGCGUAAAUGCAAAUGUAAAGUAAAGCUGAAAUUGAUCUCAAA